AUGGCCAAUGCCGUCAAAGUUGCUGUCCUUGACGACUACCAAGGCUUCGCAGAGCCCAUCUUUCAGAAACUCGACCCCAACAAAUUCCAAGUGACCAUCUUCCGCGACACGCUUCUCCCCUACAACCACCCAAACACGCCUCAGGAUGAGAAAGACAAGCUCGUCGCCCGGCUCGAGCCGUUCCCCAUCAUCUGCACAAUGAGGGAGCGCACCCCAAUCCCCCGCGAGCUCGUCGCCAAGCUGCCCAACCUCAAGCUCCUCCUCACCACAGGCCUGCGCAACAAGGGCCUCGACCUCGACGCCCUCCGCGAGGCAGGCGUGCCGGUGGCGGGCGCGUCCUCGUCAGGCGACAGCACGACGCACCACUGCGUGGCAAUGAUCCUGGCGCUGGCCCGCAACCUGCUGGUCGACGACGCGUCCGUCAAGGCGGGCGGGUGGCAGUCGGGCGUGGCGGUGCCGCUGGCGGGGCGGACGCUCGGGGUGCUGGGGCUGGGCCGGCUCGGGGCGGCGGUGGCGCGGAUCCUGCGCGGGGCGUUUGGGAUGCGCGUGGUGGCGUGGAGCACGAACCUCACGCAGGCGCGGGCGGACGAGCAGGCGCGGGCGGCGGGGCUCGAGGCGGGGGCGUUUGAGGUCGUCGGCCGCGAGGAGCUGUUUGCGUCGGCCGAUGUGCUGAGCGUGCACGUCGUGCUGUCGGAGCGGUCGCGGGGCCUGGUCACUGCGGAGGACCUGGGCCGGAUGAAGAAGGAUGCCAUCUUUGUCAACACGAGCAGGGGCCCGAUUGUGGUGGAGGAGGCGCUGCUGGAGGUGCUGGAGCAAGGGCGCAUCAGGGCGGCGGGCGUGGAUGUGUUUGAGAUUGAGCCUCUGCCCCUGGACAGCCGCUGGCGGACGACCAAGUGGGGGGUGGAAGGGAGGAGCCAGGUGCUUCUGACGCCUCACACGGGCUAUGCAGAGAAGGAUAUCUUUACUGCGUGGUAUGAGGCCCAGGUGAAGAAUAUUGUCAGGUGGGAGAAGGGAGAGGAGGUGGAGGGGCUGAUGAACUGAGGGGGACAGCACAGCACAGACAGCAGCAGUUUCUGGCCAAGACAGAAUUUUGUUGGCUCUUGGAGAUCUCUUGGUCAUGGUAUUGCUCAGUAUGAGGUGAAAAGGGAGGGAAGGGUGAAGGGGAAGAGAGAGAUGGGGCUGGACAGGGUAAAAGUUGAAUAACCCACAACACUG